UGAUCCGCCUCGUUACCUCCCUCCCUCGUUCGCAAAGUGCAAGGAUACCGGUGGGGUGCAUCUGGUGCAUAUCUUACCGCCACCGCCUACAAAAUGACCAUCACAAACUCGCUGAGGGCUCUAUCCGGCUCUUUGAGCACCCGGUGGAUGGGCUUGAUGUUUUCACGUCACAUACACUCAUCAGCUCCUCGAUGGCAUGGCGAAUAUGAAUGGCAGGAUCCGAAGAGUGAAGAUGAAGUCGUAAACGUAACCUACAUUGAUAAGGAUGGCAAAGAAACGGCGGUCCGGGGGAAGGUCGGUGACAAUGCGCUCUACCUGGCCCACCGAUACGGCAUCGAGAUGGAGGGUGCAUGCGAAGCGUCCCUGGCCUGUACCACCUGUCACGUGUACGUGCACGGCGAGUACCUUGAUCGGUUGCAGCCGCCGGAAGAGAAGGAAGACGAUCUGUUGGAUAUGGCUCCGUUUUUGAAGGAAAAUUCACGCCUCGGUUGCCAGAUUGUGCUGCAGAAGGAUUUGGAUGGGAUACGGUUACAGUUACCGCAAGCAACGCGUAACUUUUACGUUGAUGGACACAAACCAAAGCCCCACUAGCGCAGGCCAGCGAGCGCGAGAUUCUAAAUUGUUACAAUAUUAGCCCAGAACUAGUUUUUUUUGUGCGUGCGACUAGGUCUAGGGAGCUGGAUUCGGCCACACCAUUCCUAAACUGGAUGCUGCGGACAAUGAUCGGACCGUUAUGAUAUGAAUAGAAUAAAAACCGUUACCGGGAUAUCCGGACACCGUGAG